AUGGCGACAGAGGCACCUCACAGCACGUUCGACACGAUUCUCGUGUUGGACUUCGGUUCUCAAUACACCCACCUCAUCACCCGCCGCCUGCGCGAAAUCAAUGUCUACUCUGAGAUGCUCCCGUGCACCCAGAAGCUCGCCGAUCUCGGAUGGAAGCCCAAAGGAAUCAUUCUCUCCGGUGGCCCCUACUCCGUCUACGAGGACGGUGCCCCCCACGCCGACCCUGCGUUCUUCGAUCUCGGCGUCCCCAUCCUCGGUAUCUGCUACGGUCUCCAGGAGCUUGCCCACCGCCUGCACGCGGACAACGUCGUUGCCGGAACUGCUAGGGAAUACGGUCACGCGGACCUGAAGGCUACCAGGUUCGGCGGUCACGUCGACAAGCUCUUCGAGGACAUCGAGGGCGACAUGACCGUCUGGAUGUCUCACGGUGACAAGCUCCGCAACCUGCCCGAGGGCUUCCACACCAUCGGUACCACCCAGAACUCCGAGUACGCCGCUAUUGCGCACAAGUCCGACCCCAUCUACGGCAUCCAAUUCCACCCCGAGGUUACCCACACCCCUCAAGGUGGACAGCUCCUCAAGAACUUCGCCGUGGGCAUCUGCGGCGCGGAGCAGAAGUGGACGAUGGCCGAAUUCAUCGGCCAGGAGAUCCAGCGCAUUCGCUCUCUCGUCGGCCCUGACGGACAGGUCCUCGGUGCCGUCAGCGGUGGUGUCGACUCGACCGUCGCCGCCAAGCUGAUGACCGAGGCCAUCGGCGACCGAUUCCACGCCGUCCUGGUCGACAACGGCUGCAUGCGCCUGAACGAGUGCGAGAAGGUCAAGGAGGUCCUCCAGGCGCAGAUGGGCAUCAACCUGACCGUCGUCGACGCCGGCGCGGAGUUCCUCGCUGGCCUCAAGGGCGUGCACGACCCCGAGCAGAAGCGCAAGUUCAUCGGCGGCAAGUUCAUCGACGUCUUCGAGGAGGAGGCCCGCAAGAUCGAGGCCAAGAGCUCCGGAAAGGUCGAGUGGUUCCUCCAGGGCACUCUCUACCCUGACGUGAUCGAGUCCAUCUCCUUCAAGGGCCCCUCCCAAACCAUCAAAACCCACCACAACGUCGGCGGCAUCGCCGAGCGCCUCAUGCGCGGCCACGGCCUCAAGCUCAUCGAGCCCCUCCGCGAACUCUUCAAAGACGAAGUCCGCGAGCUAGGCCGCCAGCUCAACAUCUCCGCCGAGCUCGUCGGCCGCCACCCCUUCCCGGGCCCAGGCAUCGCCAUCCGCGUCCUCGGCGAAGUCACCCCCGAAAAGGUCGAGAUGGCCCGCAAGGCCGACCACAUCUUCAUCUCCAUGAUCCGCGAAGCCGGCAUCUACGACGAGAUCGGCCAGGCCUAUGCGGCGCUUGACCCCUCGCGCGCUGUCGGCGUCAUGGGCGACAAGCGCGUUUACGCGAAUAUCAUUCUGCUCCGCGCGAUCUCCACAAAGGACUUUAUGACUGCGACGCCGUACCCGUUCACCUAUGAGUUCUUGUCCAAGGUCUCGACGAGGAUCGUUAACGAGGUUGCGGGUGUGUGUCGCGUUUGUUACGAUUACACGAGUAAGCCGCCUGGAACUAUUGAGAUGGAGUAG